UUUGUAUUUUUUUUCCUUUUACGUGCAAAGCAUAGUGGAUAAGCACUGUACUUUAUCCGCCGUUGCAGCUGCACAUUUGUCAGCUUUAUUUUUUUAUUUGCAUCCCCUCAUCCUCACCCGCUGCCACCAGCAGCACCACCAUCACUUCGCAGGCAAACAAGCCUUUUCUGCCCGACAUUAUCUUCAUCCAGACUCCGCUGGAAAGGAGGCUGAAAUGACGGAUGCAACCAUGGGAGAGAGACCCGGGGACGGUUUAUUUACAUCCGAAGAGGCUGUGUAAGUUUAGAGGGAAGCCGCUACGUGUGUCUCCCCCUUUACUUUCACCGACCCCCUCCUCCUCCGCUGGCAGAAAUUUAUAAAGAACAAAAAAUCCGACGAGGGAGGGAGGGGGGUUGAUAUACGCCGAGGCUGAAAUCGAGAGGCGAACCCAGGGAAAGAGGAGUAAUUUGUACACGGGACUUUCCCCCUCUUAGUCCCCCAAAAGGAGGGGGAAAAGUCGCAAUAUUGGAAACGAAAAGGAAUGAGCUUCUAAGGGCGUGAAAACGUCUGCAAUUGUGGAUACUUUAUAUAUUUUUAUUUCGAAAAAAUAUGGCCGAGAACGUUCUGGACUCUGGCCCGCCUUCAGCCAAGAGGCCUAAACUCUCCUCUCCGGCACUUUCUGCCUCCGCCAGCGAUGGAAAUGAUUUCGGCUCGCUGUUUGACUUGGAGCAUGAUCUCCCAGACGAGCUCAUCAGCUCUAAUGAACCAGGCCUGGUCAAUGGUGGGGACCUCAACCAGCUGCACACCACUCUGGGAGGACCCACAGGGCUGGGUCCUGGAGGAGGCAGUGGAGGAGCAGGAGGAAUGGGUCUUGGGCUUGGCCCUGGAGGGGUCCCGGAGGCCAAGGAUGCGGUGGCCAAGCACAAACAGCUGUCCGAGCUUUUGCGUUCAGGGGCGCCCACCUCAACCCCGCAAGGGCACCAAGGAGCCAUGGGCAGUCCAGGAGGCCCCGCUGCCAUGGCGCAUAACCUGGCAAACAUGAAAGCAUCCCCUGGCCAGGGACCUCAGCAAAUGAUGGGCCAGGGGCAGCAGCAGCACCUCUCCCCUCAACAGCAGGCCAGCAUGAUGCAGCAGCAGCAGAAUGCUGCAGCUGGAAUGAUGGGCGGCAUGAACAGGGCCAUGAUGGGAGCGCAGCAGAAAGGCAAUAACGGACAGCAGCAGCCAGGAAUGAUUGGGAACCAGGUGAUGAAUGGCUCCCCCAGGAUGGGAUUCGGGAAUCAGGGGAUGGGUGGCAACAGCAACCUGUUGGCUGAGACCCUACAACAGCAGGGAGCUGGGGGCCAAGCGGGGAUGAGAGGGCAGCAGCCUGGAGCGAUGAACAAGAUGGGGAUGAUGGGGAACCCAGGGGGGCCUUUCGGAGGUCCGUAUGCAGGGCAGGGAAAUCAAGGUCUGGGAGGCACAGGGCUGGGCCCUCAGCUCCAGAACAAAGGCCCCAUGGCCAAUAGCCUGGCCCAGUUUAACGUGGACAAGAAGAACCAGCCCAUGCAAGGAAUGGCUGCUAUGGGCUCUCAGCAGUCACAGGCAGGUGUGGGCGGUCCCUCUGGUGCACCUGUGGGAGGAGCUCCAGGGAUGGUGCCCAACGCUCAGGCAGGUCUAGUGGGUCCCGGUACCCAGGUUUCUGCAGCAUCUGCCGCAGCUGGUGCACCACCCACAGCUGACCCUGAGAAGCGCAAGCUGAUCCAGCAGCAACUGGUCCUCCUGCUUCACGCACACAAGUGCCAGCGGAGGGAACAGGCCAACGGUGAAGUCCGGCAGUGCAACCUGCCCCACUGCCGCACUAUGAAGAACGUUCUCAACCACAUGACUCACUGCCAGGCUGGCAAGUCCUGUCAGGUUGCUCACUGUGCAUCAUCGAGGCAGAUCAUCUCUCAUUGGAAGAACUGCACGCGACAUGACUGCCCUGUCUGCCUGCCGCUGAAGAACGCUGGGGACAAGAGGAACCCGCAGUCUCUGCUUGGUGGGGCCGGUGCAGGUCUGGGCAGCUCUCUGGGGGCCGUGCCCGGUGGCCAACCGAGCACUCCCAACCUCAACCCACCGAGCCAGAUCGACCCCAGCUCCAUAGAGAGAGCCUACGCAGCCCUGGGCCUCACGUACCAGGGCAACCAGAUCCAAGCUCAGACUGCCCAGCCCAAUAUGCCCAACCAAGGCCUGCAAGGCCAGGCUGGCAUGAGGCCUCUGAAUCCUAUGGGUGCAAAUCCUAUGGGAGUCAAUGGAGGUGUGGGAGCUCCACCUCAGAACCAACAAGCCAGCCUGCUGCAGGACACCAUGAUGCACCUGAAUGUGAACAACCAAGGUCUGAUGAAUGAUGCCGGUGGGGUCGGCUCCUUGCCCACAGCAGCCCCUCCGUCUGCCACAGGCAUGAGGAAAAGCUGGCACGAGGACAUCACGCAGGACCUACGAAACCACUUGGUACAUAAACUUGUUCAGGCCAUUUUUCCGACUCCAGAUCCUGCCGCCCUGAAGGACCGUCGAAUGGAGAACCUGGUGGCGUAUGCCAGAAAAGUUGAGGGAGACAUGUAUGAGUCAGCCAACAGUCGAGCUGAGUACUAUCACCUGCUAGCGGAGAAAAUCUACAAGAUCCAGAAGGAGCUGGAGGAGAAGAGGAGGACCCGGCUCCAGAAGCAGGGUCUGGGCCUUGGGCCCGCCGGCAUGGGUCAGCCCGGUGCUGGACUGCCUCCAAACGGUCCCCUCCCUGACCCAUCCAUGGUGCGACCGGCCGGACCAAAUCAGAUGGUCAACAGGAUGCAAGGCCCAGGUAUGAAUCAGUUCAAUCAGAUGGGUCUGCCUAUGGGCCAGAGGUCUACGCCUCCUCUCCCCAUGGGAGCACCUGGCAACCAGAUGGGAAUGGUUGGAUCCAGAAUGGGACAGCCCAAUGUGAACCAGAUACAGAACCAGUUUCUGUCCCAGGGACAGUUUCCUGGCUCAGGACCAGGUGUUGGUACAGCUCAGCCUGGGAUGACCCAGCCCGGAGCACAGGCAGGCAUGGCACAGACGCAGAUGGGCACUCCUCCUUCUCUUCCAGUUGCUAGUCCUCUGGCACAGCCAGGUUCAGCUGGCGGUCCCAGUGGUGUCUCCACAGUGGGGCCACUGGGUCCCCCGAGCGUGGGUGGCGGAGGUCCAAACUCAGCUGUUGGAGCCCCUCCUUCCUCAAUGACUCCAUCUAACACGAAACCACAAACCAACUCCAUCCCCCAUUUGGCAACCAUCCGCGGCGGCUCGCCCUCCCCUGCCCACAGCCGAUCCCCCACCCCUCACCAAACGCCACCCAGACUAGCUGGGUCCCAGACCCCACAGCCUCACACCCCUACACAGCUGGCUCCACCUCCAGCCCCCCAGCAAAACCAGCAUGGCCAGGGCCCAGGCUCUAACAAGUCCCUCCAGCAGCAGCAUAUAGCGCCAGCUGGUUCCACCACUCCGUCUCACCCUGGACUGGCCUCCAGCUCAACGCCGCAUGGUGCUCAGCUGCCACGCACUCCGUUGUCCCAAAAGGGUUCAUUCCCAGCAGACAGCCAGGCUCUGACUCCAGCCUCUGUCAGCAGCCUGGACACUUCCUCCCAGCAGCCACAGUCGAACACCUCGACCGCAAACCUCGACCCCAAGAUGGAGAUCAAGCAGCAGGACGAAGAGGACGAGAGCGACACCGGCAGCUGCUCCAAAGGAGGGAAGCUCGGCAACCUCAAAAUGGAGGAGAAGCCUGUGAAGUCGGAGCUGAAGAAGGAGGAGUGUUCUGGAGAGGGAGGUAAAGGUGUUCCCAUGGAUACAUCAACAACCGUGCCGACGUCUGGCGUGAAGACGGAAGACAGGAAACCGGAGGUGAAGAAGGAGGUGAAAGAGGAAGAGGAGACUUCAGAGACAACUGCACCACAGGCCCCAGUGAAAAAGAAGAUCUUCAAGCCAGAGGAGCUUCGUCAGGCUCUGAUGCCAACUCUCGAAUCCCUCUACAGACAAGAUCCAGAGUCUCUGCCAUUCAGAAUGCCCGUUGACCCACAACUGCUGUGCAUACCUGACUACUUUGACAUUGUGAAGAACCCCAUGGACUUAUCAACUAUCAAGCGAAAGCUGGACACUGGUCAGUACCAGGAUCCCUGGCAGUACGUGGAUGACAUUUGGCUGAUGUUCAACAACGCGUGGCUUUACAACCGCAAAACAUCCCGAGUGUACAAGUACUGCUCCAAGCUGGCCGAGGUUUUCGAGCAGGAGAUCGACCCCGUCAUGCAGAGCCUCGGCUACUGUUGUGGCAGGAAGUUGGAGUUCUCUCCUCAGACACUGUGCUGCUAUGGAAAGCAGCUAUGCACUAUUCCCCGAGACGCUGCUUACUUCAGCUACCAGAACAGUUCACCAAAAUUUGGGCUUCUCGCUAACAGGUACCACUUCUGUGAGAAGUGUUUCAACGAGAUCCAGGGAGAGACGGUUUCCCUGGGCGACGACCCCACCCAGCCACAGACAUCAAUAAACAAGGAUCAGUUUGAGAAGAAGAAGAAUGACACACUGGACCCUGAACUGCUUGUUGAAUGUAUGGACUGUGGGCGCAGGAUGCACCAGAUUUGUGUCCUGCACAAUGAAACUAUCUGGCCCUCAGGUUUUGUGUGUGACGGCUGCUUAAAGAAGACGAAUAAGACGCGGAAAGAGAACAAGUACUCUGCCAAAAGGUUGCCCCAGACGAAGUUGGGCAGUUUCCUGGAGACGAGGGUGAACGACUUCUUGAAGCGUCAGAACCACCUGGAGUCUGGAGAAGUCUCCAUUCGCGUCGUCCACGUCUCUGAUAAAGUGGUGGAGGUUAAACCAGGCAUGAAGUCCAGGUUUGUGGACAGUGGAGAGAUGUCGGAGUCUUUCCCGUACAGGACAAAAGCCCUUUUUGCAUUUGAGGAUAUUGAUGGAGCAGAUGUCUGCUUCUUUGGUAUGCACGUUCAGGAGUAUGGAUCUGACUGCCCUCAGCCCAACCAGAGGCGAGUUUACAUCUCCUACCUGGACAGUGUGCACUUCUUUCGGCCUCGCUCUCUCAGAACAGCAGUUUACCAUGAAAUCCUCAUCGGGUACUUGGAAUACGUCAAGAAGUUGGGCUACACCACUGGCCACAUCUGGGCCUGCCCGCCCAGUGAAGGGGACGACUACAUCUUCCACUGUCACCCCGCAGAUCAGAAGAUCCCAAAGCCCAAACGCCUUCAGGAAUGGUACAAGAAGAUGUUGGACAAAGCUGUGGCAGAGCGGAUAGUGCACGACUACAAGGACAUCUUCAAGCAGGCAACAGAGGAUCGUUUGACCAGUGCCAAGGAGCUGCCUUACUUUGAGGGUGACUUUUGGCCCAAUGUGCUGGAGGAGAGCAUCAAAGAGCUGGAGCAGGAGGAGGAGGAGAGGAAAAGGGAGGAGAACAGCACCUCCAACGAGAGUAUAGAUGACACAAAGGGCGACAGUAAAAAUGCAAAGAAGAAGAAUAACAAGAAGACGAGUAAGAACAAGAGCAGCCUGAGCCGAGCCAAUAAGAAGAAGCCGGGGAUGCCUAAUGUCUCCAAUGACCUUUCGCAGAAACUCUAUGCCACUAUGGAAAAACACAAAGAGGUGUUCUUUGUGAUCCGGCUGAUCGCAGGCCCCAUGGCAAAUGCCUUGCCCCCCAUCUCAGACCCAGAUCCCCUGAUGGCAUGUGACCUCAUGGACGGUCGCGAUGCUUUCCUGACACUGGCCCGGGACAAACACCUGGAGUUCAGCUCGCUGAGGAGGUCCAAGUGGAGCUCCAUGUGCAUGUUGGUGGAGCUGCAUAACCAAAGCCAGGACCGCUUUGUCUACACUUGUAACGAGUGCAAGCACCACGUGGAGACUCGUUUCCACUGUACCGUCUGUGAGGAUUACGACCUCUGCAUCACGUGUUACAACACUAAGGGCCACGAGCACAAGAUGGAGAAGUUAGGUCUCGGUUUGGACGAUGAGAGCAGCAACCAGGCUGCAGCCACCACCCAGAGCCCCGGAGACUCUCGUCGCCUCAGCAUCCAGCGCUGCAUCCAGUCCCUCGUCCACGCCUGCCAGUGCCGAAACGCAAACUGCUCUCUGCCGUCCUGCCAGAAGAUGAAACGCGUUGUUCAGCACACAAAAGGCUGCAAAAGAAAAACCAACGGCGGCUGCCCCAUCUGCAAGCAGCUCAUCGCGCUGUGCUGCUACCACGCCAAGCACUGUCAGGAGAACAAGUGCCCUGUCCCGUUCUGCCUAAACAUCAAGCACAAGCUCCGCCAGCAGCAGCUGCAGCACAGGCUCCAGCAAGCCCAGAUGCUGAGGAGGAGGAUGGCCAGCAUGCAGAGAGUGGGCCAGCCGACUCCCGGAGGACCUCCUGGGGGCAACGGCCUGCCCUCUCCAGGAGCCAACAACGGUGCGACUGGUCCCGGUACCCCUACGUCUGUGGGCACGCAGCCUCCUACUCCACAGACGCCCACCCAGGGGAACAUGCCGGCGCUUCCUCAGCAGCCGGGAGUUGGGAUGGGGGGAAUGGCAACUCCGGGCCAGCCACAGCAGGUUCAGCAGCCAGGUGGUGCCAUGCCCCCUCAACACCAUCUCCAUCAGUUUCAGCCAGGAGGUGGAGGGGGGAUGAUGAACUCUCCUCAGCAGCAGAUGGUGCCUCAGCUCCAGCAGCAGCCUCCCAAUGUCCAACAACUCCAGCAGCAGCACCCUGGUGGUUUGCCUCCGUACAACCCCAGACCGCCUGGGGCCUCUCCUCUCCACCAGUCCUUGGGCAAACCUGGAUUGGGUCCUGCCACCCCACCCCAGCAGCAGCAACAACCCAACCAGGGCCAGGGGUCCAUACCUGUACAAGGCCAACAGCAAGGCCCCCCUCUGGCUGCUGUAGAAACGGCCCUAAAAAUCCAGCGCCUAGCAGAGACCCAGAGACAGAUGGCCCAGCAGGCCCAGAUCCGUGGCUUGGGACAGGGCGGCAUGAUACCCCCGCAUCCUCACCAUCAGAACACCCCAGGCCAAAUGGGCAUGCCCCACAUGGGGACCCCGGGCAUGGCCCCCCAGGCUCAGGGAGUUGUUGGCAGGACUAUGUUAGACCCACAGCAACAGGGGAUGCUAGCAGGGAUGCAGCAAGGUGGUCCUCAGUCGCAGCUGCCACCUCAGGUUCAGCAGCAGCUUCAGCAGGUGCAGCAGGCAGGAGGUGGACAGCUUCAGCCGACGAACCAGCAGUGGGGUCCUGGUGCGCCCGCCAUGAACCCUCAACAACGGCAAGGCAUGAUGAGUCACAUGGCAACGCAGCAGCAGCCAGCCGCCGCUCAGCAACAGCAACAGCCGAUGAAUCCGCAGCAGCCGCAACCAGGAAACCGUGCGAUGAUGCAGGUAAUGGGCGUAUCAGGAGGGGCAGCAGGGGCACCUACUCAGAUAACAGGUCCAGCUGGGGCAGGAAACCUACCCCAGGCGGCGCUCCAAGACCUCCUGAGGACUCUGCGCUCCCCGAGCUCACCCCUUCAGCAGCAGCAAGUCCUCAACAUCCUCCGUUCCAACCCAACCCUUAUGGCUGCGUUUAUCAGGCAAAGAGCAGCCAGGUAUCAAGGUGCUCAGGGUGGUGCAGGAGGAGCAGGAGGGCCUCCACAAGGGGGCCCUGGAGGUGUGAGGUUCCCAGGGGCUGCUGGAGGGUUGCCUGGGGCUAACCAGCUCCCUAACAUGGAUGGACAGCAGCAGGUUAAUGUGAACCAGGGUGGCCAGCCGGGGAUGAACAUGGUUCAGGGUGGAGCAGGUGGAGGGAAUAUGCCCACCAUGGCUCAGCUUCAACAGUUACAACAACAACAACAGCAACAACAGCAGCAGCAGCAGCAGCAGCAGCGCCCGAUGUUGCCUGGGAAUCUACAACAACAGCAAAUGGCUGCGUUGCAACAACAGCAGCAGCAGCAGCAACAACAACAACAACAACAACAGGGAGCGAUGCAAGCAGGGCAACAAGGCAACAUGGGCAACAUGCCCACACAGUUUAGAGAGAUGUUGAUGAUGAGAAGACACCUGCAGCAACAACAACAACAACAACAACAGCAGCAGCAGCAGCAGCAGAUGGGAAACCACGGGCAGUUCCAGCAGCAGCAAGGCCAGCAAGGCUUCAUGCAGCCUGGACAGGGACAACCAGGGUUGCCCCCCUCCUCCCAACCCCAGCCAGGGGGUGGAGGUGUAGGGGGUCCCCAGCAGCAGCAAGGAGGACCGCAGGGUGGGCCGGGACAGCCGGGCCAGCAGCAGGGCUACCCCAACUCCAUGUCGCAGGUGGCUGCUGCUCUUCAGCAAAGGCUCCAGAUGCAGAUGCAGCAGCAGCAGCAGCAGCAGCAGCAGAAUCAAAUGGGUGGCCUUCAAGGACAAGACGGAGGGCCUGGUGGAGGUGCCGGAGGACCAGGAGGACCUCCACUUCAGGCCGGACAAGUCGGACCAGGGCAGGGACAACAACAGCAAGGUGGAGUUGGUGGAGGAGGCGGUGGGCCCCCGCUGCCGCAGACGACCCAAGGCAUGCUUCACCAGAACAUCCACCAGAGGCUCCUGCAGCAGCAGCACCUGGGUGGAGGCUCUCCAGCCCAGCACAGCAGCCCCAUGAGUCCCCAGCAGCAGAUGGCUCAGUCCCCCCACCACCUCCAGGGACAAGGAGGACUCGGUCCAGCGGGGUCGCUCAGCAGUCAGGUCCGGUCGCCCCAGCCCUCGCCGAGACCGCAGUCGCAGCCUCCGCACUCCAGCCCGUCUCCACGCAUGCAGCCCUCCUCCCAGCCCCAGCCCUCACCUCAUCGCAUCUCUCCGCAGACCCAGACCGGCUCGCCCCACCCGGGCCACCUAAGCCAACAUCACCCCAGCAUGGCGCCGCCCCAGCCUCCACAACCCCAGCAGCAGCAGGUGUUAUCUCAGCAGCAGCCGGGCGGCUCUGUGGAUCCCGGGCAGUUUAGCUCAGACCAGAACUCCAUCAUGUCCCAGCUGAGCGGGAUGACGGGGAUGCACGGUGGACAAGGGGGGCAGUCGGACAUGUUGGGUGGGAACAAUAACAACAGCAGCAACAACAACCAGGAGCUGGGAACGAACAUGAACCACAACAGUUUAGACCUUAUGUAGCCUUGACUCCAUAUUGUCUUUCUGUCCUGAUGCGCUGACGAGUCGCCCCAAACGACAAACUGCCAUGAGAGGAGAGCGAGGCGGGACUACGGCUUUGGGGUUUUAGAAGUUUUUAUUUUUUAUUUAAAUAUUUUUGUGAUGUAUAAACAAGAACUGAAGCUUCCUUCCUAUGGGAGAUGCAACAUAAAUCUUAGAAGUCAAUAAAUGAAUAAAUUAAAACAAUGGUAAGUUAUUGCUGUUAAUAUAUAUCUAUAUAUUUUUGCCAAUUGUGUACAAAAAGGUGGAAGGGCAGUGUUUCAGGUUGAAGAUAUUUCUUCCUUAAGUCUAUGACACAAUAUUUUUGGGGACUGAGAAUUUUGCCUUUUUAUGAAUAUUUUUAAGAUUUUAAACGUGGCUAAAAAUUAAAGUGAGUUGACACGAUGUACCUUUUUUUUAUUGUUUUGUUUUCCUCUUUAAAUACCCAGUCAUGAUUGUAUCUAUUUUGCAGAGAGUAAGUAUAUUUUAUUUCAUUUUUUCCCCCCUCAGUGGAUCAUAAAACAAGCAUCAACAUAUCUUCUGUUACAGUCUUCUUUCAUGGCGAUGUACAUUUUCAACAAUUGCAAAUAUUCACAGAGAGAAUUUAUUUUAUUUGAUGGGUGGGUGGAAGGGUGCGUUAAAUGCAGUUUGAUUUUCACAGCUUCCCUCUCGUGUUUUUUUUUUUUUUUUCCUGUCGGUCUAUAGGUUUGAAUUAAAAACCUUAAUAGUGUUUUGGAGAGCGGGCGACACUGAAGGAGGGUUUGGUCAUAUUUUUCCGCAGACAAUGGCCAGAUCUGCAGAGCAGAUUGAGAUCCGUUAACCCGACCCGUGGGCCAUCUCUCCACCCUCUCCACCUUCAGUUCUCCUAUGAAUGUGUACACCUUCCUUCACCCAGACCCCCACCCCCAAAAACAAACAAACAAAAAAAAGGAGGGAUGAACUGUUGAAUGCCUGAUCAUCCAGCUGGAGGCAUUUUUAAACCUCUGUUUUAAAGCUGGCUGAUGUUAAAAAGGUUGUGCGUGUACAUAUAUGAAAACCUUGUUUAUGAACUGUGACGUGGAGAAGAGGUCGAUUUAAAAAAGUUUUCGGCUGCAGACGUUUGAAAAUCCUGCCUGUCUCCUCAAACCCCGAUGUUUUCCCUUUUUGUUUUCUGUCUUUCCCUCUUUUUGUUCCUUAUCCUCAUGACUGCCUCUCAGCCACAAGGUUUAAUUCAAUGUUAGUACUGUACAAAGUAAGAAAUGGUGGACUUAGAUACUGUUUUUUUGUAAUGAAAGUAAAAGGUGUAAAAAAAAACUGUACAUACUUUAAAAACUUAUGAGCAGAGAGGUUAUUUUCUGCUGCUUUGUUUCCCCUCUUGUUUGAUUGGAUAUUUGCUGUAUGUGUAAAAUAAAACAAAAAAAACAAACAAAAAAAAUCUACAGAAGUACUCCCGAGCUACUGUACAGUAUUGAGAUUUUUUCUAAAAAGGUACAGUAUGGGGUGUAGUAGGUCACAAGCACCAAUGCGCCUUUUUCUGUGUAUUUUUGACAAGGUUUUAGGGAAGGGACGGGGGUUAUUGCGACGAGUCACACACCUAAACAAUCUCAAAACUUUUAAAGACGCGAAAACCCGCAUGACGACGAAGAAGAAGAAGAGCCGAGUCAGGGGUUGAUUUAGAGGUGUGAUCUGAAUGAGUUUAAAUCUGGUCAUUUAGCUUUUUAUGGAGAGGACUGAAGACACAAUAUUCACAUGCUCACUAUUUUUCUCUAAAAGUUUGGGCUUGCUGGGUAUGGGGGAGGGAAACGCAUCAGAACCAGGUGGCAAUAUAUCUUGAGACUUAUUUUAUAAGAAAAAACAAGGAAAAACUGUCUUUUAUAUAUAGAUAUAUUAUUUAAUUUUAUUUUUUGGAAAUAAAACUUGAAGCUACAGGAAUUAUUAGAUAAAACAUGUUUUGUUUUGUAUUAAAGAUGUUAUGGUGAUGCAAAAAGACACUGCAGACAGUCAUUCAGUUUGCCCUGGGGAGGCCGGUGGAGUAUAUUAUACCAUCCUUUUGAAGAAAUGUUUCAUGUACAUGAAUAUAGUUGUAAACAUACUGAAUCACUGUACAAACUGAUGGCAACUGAACAAAUAGUUUUGUUUUUAUCAUUUCUUCUCCGAAAAAGAGACUGGAAAUAAGACUAUUUAAAUAUUUGUUUAGUAUUCAAAUGGAAUCUUUGACCACUUUUUCGUUCCUCUUGUUAACAAUUUUGGUGCUUGCUGAGAAAAAGCAAAAAUAACUGUUGCUCCAUUUUCAUUAGUUUCUUUUUUUUAAGUUAUUUUGGUGGUCUGAUUGUUUUUUUUGCCAAUAAAUUAAUUGUACAAUAAAGUAUGUUUGUACCGUUGGAAAAAUA